AUGUCAUCUGGGAGCGAGAUCUGUAUCUGGCGCCCCAGUUUAGGCACCGACAACGAUCUCCGGGGACGGAAGGACAAAGAGAGCGAGAGACAGGAGAACGGUCGAGGCAAGUCGUCGUCCCCGAUACCUUCGCCCGACUCCUCCAGCGGCCGGCGUGGACGCUCGCGGACGCGUGCAGUGGCUCGCACCCGGUCGAGUGACGCACUUCGGCGACGAGGAUACCAUACGCUCAUGUCCUCCUUUGGCAAGGCGUUCCAUGUCGAGAAACGAUGGAAGCUUAUUCGCGAGAUGGGGUCCGGAGCGUACGGCUAUGUCAUGUUAGUCUAUUCUUUACCGAGAACGCCGGACCGUCAUCUCGGAGAGCCGGUGGCGAUCAAGAUGGUCACUCGCGCGACAGAGAAGGUCCAGCUUGCAAAGCGUGCAUUGCGCGAGAUCACCCUCUUGCGACACUUCAAUCAUGAGAAUAUCACCGGCCUCAUAGAUGUGGACUGUACUCCGGACUUGAGUGAGAUAUAUAUCUUUAUGGAGGUUCCGGAUCUGCACCAAAUCAUAAAAUCUGGACAGAUGCUCAGCAAUGAGCACGUCCAGUACUUCCUCUACCAGGUUCUCCGAGGCAUGAACCUGAAGCCCGGCAAUCUGUUGGUAAACGCCGAUUGUGAGCUGAAGAUCUGUGACUUCGGUCUGAGUAGAGGGUUCAACUCAAAACCGGAUGAGGAGCCGACCAACAUGACCGAGUACGUUGCGACGAGGUGGUACCGUGCGCCGGAAAUCAUGCUUGCUUUCAAGGGGUACAACACAGCUAUCGACGUCUGGUCAGUAGGCUGUAUCUUCGGAGAGCUUAUGCUUGGCAGGCCAGUAUUCAAGGGGAAGGACUAUGAUUCUCGGUAUGUCGUGAUGCACGAACAUUUACCGGACUGCGAUCGAGCAACAAUGUGCCUAGGUACCCCGGAGAGCGACGUCGUCGAUCGCAUAGCAAGUCCAAAAGCACGGGCGUACAUACGGUCCCUGCCCUGGAAGAAAAGAGUACCUUUCUCAAAGGUUCUACCAGUAGCAGAUUUCCAAGCUCUUGAUCUCCUUUCCAAAAUGCUCACCACUCGACACCCCUGGCUUGCGUCGUACCACGACAUCACCGACGAGCCCGACUGCCCUGAGCCAUUCGAACGGUGGCGAACGCUCGAAGCUAUAGAGACUCUGGAACAGUACAAGGAGGCGCUAUACAACGAGAUACAAGACUAUCGCGGCGAAGUGCGCAGUAUUCCUGUUGAGGAGUCGGAGCCGGAGCCGGAACUAGAACCAGAGCUAGAUUCGGAGCUGCCUCGCCGACCCAGCGCACUACCGUCACCCACACGGGAGAUCAAGCGCAAGCUAGAGGAGAUUCGCGAGAUGGCAGAGAAUCUGCAGCCACCAGGAGUGGACGACGCGGUGUUUCUUGCCACGCCGGAGAUGGCGCAGAGCGUCUUCGAGGGUCUGGAGCCGCCGGCGAAGCCCGAGGAGCGGUUGGCGGAGGACGACACGCCUUCGACGACGAAAACCCAUUCCGAGGACGAAGCAGCCCGCCAUCGGUGGGGCAAGCACAGUGGCUUUUCCGACGCAGAAGGAGGACUACGUCGUGCCGGCGCGAUCGAGGACUGCCGGCGCAGGCUGCUCAGGACACUCUCGACUGUGUCGAUCUACGAGAGUGGGGAGGGCUUUGCAGGUGGGCUGGCGGAUAUUGCUCCCAUUGGGAAGUAUAUUGUGCAGGAGAGAGAUGAGGCACUUCCGUCGGAGAUGCCCGGAGAGCUGGAGUCGCCGCCAAAGCAGGAUGAGUAGACCUCUCGAAGUGUGUUCGAGCGACGUGUACUGUAUGGAUGGACUCGUUGCAGCUGCAUAGAUGACCCAUGAUCUAGAUGUAUCACUAGUGUAGAUAGGCUCAUGUCGACCGCAAUGCAUUCGCUGUGUACUUA